CAGCCACCAUAUUAACUGCAUUGGCCGAUCGUUUAUAGUUUUUAUUAAAUAAACAGAGUAUCAAAUUAAAUAUUAUUACAUAUUAUUAUCAUAGUAAUUAAAUGAUAGGCCAUGAAUCCUUUAACAAAUGUAAAAAACAUACAAAAGCUUGGGGAACUAGAAUUAUAUGGUAAUAGGAAAACAUCCUGGCACAAUCAGUAUAAAGACAGUGCUUGGAUUUUUGUUGGUGGUUUACCAUACGAUUUAACAGAAGGUGACGUGAUAACAAUAUUUUCUCAGUUUGGAGUAAUAGUAAACAUAAACUUAAUUAGAGACAAAGAUACAGGGAAACAAAAAGGGUAUGGUUUUUUGUGUUACGAGGACCAAAGAAGUACUGUAUUAGCUGUUGAUAAUUUUAAUGGUAUUAAGGUAUUAGGUAGAACGAUACGAGUUGAUCAUGUAGCAAACUACAAAGCACCAAAAGAUUCAAAAAAUAUUGAUGAAGAGACUAAACGUUUGAGAAAAGAAGGUUGUGCUCCAAAAAAUAUAUAAGUUGUAUUUUAGUAGUUUUCAUGUGAAAUAAAGAAUCAUUGUGCCUAAUAUAAACAAAAUUUAUA